AUGUACCGCGCAAAGUCCGCUUUUGAACUGGCAGAUCGUACCGGUAUCAGGCCACGGGGGUUGGAGAGCGACUACACAUAUAUUCGUCCCGGCAGGACGAAGGCAGAUGUACGGGGCGUCGAUUACCUUACAGGCGGCGAAGAACUGCUAAAGUAUUUGGACAGGCUAGCCCUCGAAAAGCUGAAACAGAAGAAGGCAACAGCCCACGCUCUCCUAUCAGCAUCGUCUUCUACCGGCGGAGGAGCUGUGCCGAGCAAGAUUAAAGCGCGGUGCCAAGGAUCUCUGGUGAACGAGCACGAUGAACACCAGCACAAACUCUUCCAGCACUUCGGUUGUGGCCAGCGACGCCAGUACCAGGACAAACACUGCGCGUCGGCAACAUGA